AUGGAUGAAAUUUUAAUAUUAGUAGCUCCACGAAAAGAAAUAAAUAUAUUAUUACUUUGUGAAACUGGCGCAGGAAAAUCUACGUUUAUAAAUGCUUUGGUAAAUUAUUUUAAAUUUAAUAGUUUAGAAGAUGCAAUUUCCGGUGAGAUUGACAUGGAAGAUGAAGAUGACGUAUCGGAUGGCAGUAUAGGCGAAUCAUCUACCCAAGAAUGUGAUACUUUACUAGUACUAAAAAGACAACUCCAGAAACUUCAAACAUCAGAUAUAGAAAGACAAACCUGUAAAGAUACAAUAUACUGUUUUGAUAACGAAUCAUUUAAAUUUCUAGCUGCAAGUAAAAAGGGAAUGGUAUUUACAGAUAAUGAAAAGAGAAACUAUGCAUCUAGUUGGGAAAAGUCUAAAAGGGAAUCGAUAGAAAUAUCCAAAAAAAAUAUUGCUGAGGUUGUAAAGCUAAAAGAAGAAAUACAAAAAGCCAAUUUAACCAUCGAGGAGCUUAGUA